AUGUUAGCAUUCAACAUUGGUACAACAUGUGCAUCAUCACUUAGUGUUUAUUCUCAAGUUGUUUCUCUUAAUCCACCAAAUUAUUUAAUGUCUCGAGAUAUUUCAUAUCCAUUUGUGAGUUCUUGUAACGGCUUGUUAUGUAUGGUGUAUAAUUUCGCGAUAUUUAUAUGGAAUCCAGCUAUUCGAAAAUACAAAACUGUUCAAAAGACUCAUCGAUACAUAUCAAUGCUAUAUGAAUUCGAAUCGACGUUGUAUGGAUUCGUGUAUGAUUCUAUCUGUGAUGAUUAUAAGAUAAUCGCUAUAUUUGUGAUUAAUUCGAAAGAUAGUCAUUAUGUUAUUGGAAUAUACUCUGUGAAUAAUGAGUCUUGGAAAAAGAUUGAGUUUGUUCCUAUUGGUUAUCGUUUGUUUGACCAAAAUCCAGUUUCAUUAGAUGGUACGAUUAACAUGAUGGCCAAUGAUGAUAAUAGUGGAUUAGAUAAUAAGUUUGUGAUGAUAUCUUUAUUUGUGGCUAAUGAGAAAUUUAUUGUAACGCCCGUCCCAUUGCAAUAUCAUGGGACUCGUAUGAAAUUAUAUAAUUUUGCUGAUCGUCUCUACCUUUUCUCCGUGUUGGUUGAGAUGGAUUUUUUGUUGUGUUCACUCGAGAAAGAUGGGGAACGAUGGAGAUGGAGUAACGUCAUGAGAAUUCCAACGAUACCCUCAUUCGUUGGAAAUGGAGAGGACGAAAAAUGGUAUUUAGAUGAUAUAGUAUGUUUGAAGGAAAAUGAGAAUAUCUUGUGGAGGAAAACGAAUGGUGAGUUUAUAGAGUACAAUGUGCGUAAACAAGAAGUGAAUGAGUUUACCUUGAAAGAAAUUUCGCCUUCUACAGAUUCAUCCAUCUUGUUCGCGGGAAGUUUAGCUAACUUGAGAAUUCCAUGGGACUAG